UUUCUAUUAAAAUGUAUGUGAAGAAGUUUUUAAAGACAUGGUAUUUUUAUUUGUGCAUAAGAGGAUUUUUCAUCCUUGCAGCCAAUACAACAGAACAUGGCGAUUGUUAUGAUGAAUUGACAGGGAAGCCGAGAUGCUGCUCUGAUUACAGAAAUGUUUCAGGAAGAUGUGAAUACUGCAUAGGAUCGUUUGGAGAAAACUGCAGUCAGCCCUGUUCUUUUGGAUUCUUUGGCUAUAGAUGUAAAGAAAAGUGUAACUGUAGCAGUGAUACGCAUUGGUGUGACAAUAUUUCCGGUUGCAAGAUUAAAGUUAACGCAUAUAGAACAUGGUACGGCUAUUGUUAUGAUGAAUUGACAGAGAAGCCGAUAUGUUGCUCUGGUUACAGAAAUGUUUCAGGAAGAUGUGAACCAUGUCUAGGAUCAUUUGGAGUGGCCUGUAAAAACAUCUGCCCUGAUGGAUAUUAUGGACAUGCAUGUAAAAAGAAAUGUGACUGUUUGCCAACUGAAUCAUGCCACAAAAUUCAUGGCUGUUCAGUAGAUGUGAAUAAUCGGACUCAGGAAAACAGGACAAAACAUUUAGCUUUCGGGGUCGUGGGAUCAAUCGUUGGAACUUCAGCAGCUUGGUUUUUAAUGUAUUUAGUGUGCAGCUGGAAACGGAGAUCGAAUAGAAGGAUGAAAGUUACCAUGGAAGGUAAAACGUUUUCAUAAGUAAACAUUUCCAACAGACAUAGAUACCGUAUUGUUCUUCCCCUAAUUUUAGAAUAUAUCAUUUUCUAGAUAUGUAUGUUUAAAUGAAUACUAGAAGCUAUAUAUCUUUUUAUAAUUACUUUCACUAACGUAAGCACACAGUAAAGGCCGUGAUUUGCCAUCGCAUUCAUUUUCUACUGAAUGUGAUUGUUGGAAAACAUAACCCCUAUCUUAGAGUUUUAAAAAUAAUCGCAGGGAAUUUAAAAUGUGUAAACAAUUAUAUUCUCGUAUGAAUAUAUACCUUCAUUCUCCAUUAUAUUUAAGUGAAUUAUUUCCAGUGAUUUUGUGUGUUUCAGAGGAGGGACACUCUGGCAUUAGUCUAGGUGAAUCACAACGGCAACCGGAACGAAACACACCAGUAGUGCAAUCUGGAAGAAAUGUACGAUCUAAAUCACUUCAACAUGGGGCUAAGAAAACAAAACCCGUAACUCGGUCACGAUCUCUGUCACAAGACACAUAUGGACGAUUAAAUAGGCGUUCUGAUGACUACAAUCACUUAGACUUUCUUGGACAUCACACCUAACUGUCAGUGUCUACUUUCAGUCGGAAUUAUAGCAAGAUAAAGCUGAAACCAUCUCAUCGAUAUGGCAGCACUGAUACUGAAACCUUUUCGAGGGAGAGUAGCAAUAUGUCAAUAGUUAUCAGCAACAAUUUACAUGAUUAGUAAGAUGAAAUUAUUGCCGGGUUAAAACCACAGUCAUUGUAUAAUCAUCGGUCUUACAGUUUUAUAAGAGGACAAUCAGAAACCCCGAAGAGGCUGCUAUUGGCGAACCUGCGUUCAGCAACAUUGUUGAACGCCCAGGGCACCAUGAUGAUAAGCUUUCUAUUGAUGACAAAUAUGCGUCUGAUCUAGUUGAAGACGUUGAUCAAAUGAAUGGGUUUCAGAGAAAAUGUUAUCAUUUUACUUUCAAAUACUUAGAUGGAUGGGAUAGCUUGACUAUUAUUUUGAUAAGAAAGUUAUUCCGAAUAAAAAUAAUUUGGACAAUUUCAACACAGGGAUUAUGGUGUUUCGUUGGGGAUUUCAUUUGUUUUUGGGGGGAGGGGAGUUUGGUCAUUCCUGCCUAUUAAGUUUGAUGACACUACAGUUUCAACCCCAAUAUAUAUAUAUAUAUAUAUAUAACAUAGAAUCCAUCACACCAUUGUUUAUAUCAAAACUUUGUACUUGAUUCGAAGAUGACAAUUAAAAAAAAUAAAUGAAAGCAAUAAAAGUUUGGAUAUCAGCCCACCCAAAUACAAUUCAAAAUAUAUUUGUACGAUAAGGUGCAUACAAUUCCGGUACUGAUUUUGUAAACAACAUAUAUAAUGUGGAAUCAAAUUAAAUAAUAAAAAAAGGUAAUUUAGGAAAAAAAAUAAAUUGUAAUUUUGGAAUGAUAAGAAGAGAGGCCAGUGUAAUGGGUAUACUCCCCGCUAAUUCCAUCUGUAUCUUGUGAGUAUUUCCUGAACAGCUUCUCCCUUCUCUGGUCAAAUAAAGUUGAGAUAGAGGAUCAUCCCCUAUAACAUCAUAAUGAGGCAUGUUCAACAUGAUACACGAGCUGUGGCUGCUUGUGUCAGGCUUCUUUAUAACCUGAAAAACUCAUACUUUUAGAAUGAACAUUCUUUUUUAGUUUGAUUCAUUGGAAAAUGCACAUUUCAAUCAUAAAUGUAAACAUUUAAUAUAAAUUCAGAUGUCUUGUC